AUGCCUCAAUUCAUACAGCAGAUGAAAGAUGCUAGCAACUCUCCAAAGUCAUUCAAGGAGUUUGUGCAAACCUCGAGUAGUGAUGGGCCUGUUCGACACAACAAGGAUCUACUCCCAAGCCCUCCUGAGGACCGUAGAUGGCGAUGGCAACACUACUUCGCCUACUACCUGACGAUGACGUUCAGUCCAAGCAGUUACAACCUCGGAGCCUCGCUCGUCUCUAUCGGCCUUCUUUGGUGGCAUGGAAUGAUUGCUGCUGUCAUCGGAUCUGCCAUAUUGACCGUCCUGGUUGUACUCAACUCAAGAGGUGCGAUCAAGUAUUUCGUGGGCUUUCCAGUAUACGUCCGUGUGGCAGCAGGUGUCAGAGGCUCUUCGUUGUACAUCCUCGUCAGAGCUGUCGUUGCUAUCAUCUAUUUUGCCACGCAGACAUACUAUGGUGGACGCAUCACAUCCGUAUUCAUGCGCGGAAUCUUCGGUAACGGAUACCACAACAUCCCAAAUCAUCUGCCGGCCAGCGCUGGUAUUACUUCUCGGGAUCUGCUUAGCUUCUUCAUUUUCUGGAUGAUCCAAAUGCCUGUCAUGUUCAUCCACCCCAGAGUUCUCCGCCACUUGUUCGUCGUCAAAGCAGUUUACACUACAAUCUCUCUGCUCGGCGUGCUCGGCUGGGUCAUCAGCGCGAACGGAGGGAAGAUUGGCGACUUCAAAUAUACCACCAAACAGACCCAGCUGUCAGGUCAUGACCUCAUCUGGCCGAUGAUCUCUGCCAUCAACUCUGUGAUGGGAGCUCUCGCGCCUGUCUUGAUCAAUCAGCCAGAUAUAGCUCGUUACGGUCAUUCUUAUGGCGACGUGACUUGGAGCCAAGGCGUCGGUAUACUUCUCAGCAAGGUUCUGGUGAUGUUCAUCAGCACAGCUACCACAGCCGCAGCGACUACCGUCCUAGGAAAGUCAUAUUGGAACGUCUGGGAUCUCUACAGUGCCAUUCUCGACCAGUACUGGAGUCCAGGCGCGCGUGCAGGCAUGGUGUUUGCAAGCUUUGGCAUGAUGCUGGCCGUGCUGGUCACGAAUGCCGGAAGCAACUCGCUUCCUGUCGGUGCCGACUUGACCGGCAUAUGGCCGCGCUGGUUGACAAUCGUCCGAGGACAGGUUCUGUGCGCGUGUUUGGCACCUCUUCUCGUCCCCUGGAAGAUCAUCGCAUCGGCGACAUCAUUCCUCACGUUCCUGGGCUCUUAUACUGUGUUCCUCAUGCCUAUCUGCGCAUGCAUGGUUGCCGACUACUGGCUUGUAAGAAGAGGUAACAUACAUGUACCUUCUUUGUAUGUGUAUUCGCCUGAGAGCCCAUACACAUACUACAAAGGCUGGAACCUGCGUAUGCUUGCUGCUUGGAUUGCAGGUGUGGCUUUCGUCAUCCACGGUAUAGCUGGAUCAUUAGAUCCCGACUCGGUGAACCAAGCUUCGAAGAACAUGUACAAGCUAGGCUUCAUCUUAUCCUUCUGCAUGGGUGGCCUGGUAUAUUACACCCUCUGCUUGAUAUGGCCAGUCCAGGUCCUACCACAAGGAUUGGAAAGACCGCUCGUCUUCGAGGAGCUCGCGGCGAAUGAAGGCUGCUUUGAUCAUGAGAACGUCGGGACGAUUACCGGAGUGCCGGACGGGGAGGAUGUAGACAACGUUUCCACUCAUCACUAUGUUGCCGAAGGGAAAGACAGUAAAGUCUGA